AUGUCGUUAUUGGAAAGAGUAACCUCGUUUGAGUCUCUUGCUCCGGAGAGGGGAAGGGAUCUCUCCGAGUCGCCUUCGUCGAGAGACAGGAAGCUGAGCUUCUCGCCACUGCCAGAAUCAUGGGAUCCUCCCAUGGUAACAGAAGGCCAGCAGCCAAUUGGCGCAUUUGAAGUGCCUUAUGCUAAGAGAAUUUGGCAGGUCGUAAUCGCUGUGAUCUACUGCCUUUUCGCAGCCGGCAUCGUCUUUGGAUAUGCAGCCAUCAAGCCGGUCUUGAUCCGCGAGCAAGUUUACCGCAACUUCUGCACACCGGACGAAAUCAAACGAGGCGUGCGAACCUGUUACGAGCAAGAGAUUCAUCUAAACCUUAUGUUCACAAUUGCAGCAGUCGGCACCAACGUAGCUGCUCUCCCUAUUGGACAUAUCCUGGAUACCUACGGCCCUCGAAUUUGUGGAAUCACUGGGAGUUUCUUGCUCGCCAUCGGAGCGCUGCUGUUUGCGUUUGCCUCGCAACUCCCGUUCGAUGGCUAUAUUCCUGGAUAUUUGUUUCUGGCUCUUGGAGGGCCGUUCGUGUUUAUAAGUAGUUUUCAGUUGUCGAAUGCGUUCCCAAAACACUCCGGUCUUAUUCUCGCAUUGUUGACCGGAGCAUUCGACUCUUCUAGUGCGCUUUUCCUGAUAUAUCGUAUCAUAUAUCAGUGGAGCGGUGGCACUUUCUGGCCCAAGAAGUUCUUUUUAGUUUACUUGGUAGUGCCGGUUUUCAUCUUGAUCGUCCAGAUCUUUGUGAUGCCAAAAGCAUCAUACAAAACCAUUGGAGAACUAGUGAAGCAGGUUGAAGAAGCGGACGACGUCUACGACGAUCAGAUUGAUGAAAACACGGCUCUGCUCCGCGAUGAGCACCAACAACGCCAAUCUGUUGUCUCUGAGAUCACGGAUCUCAUCGGCUCGAAAUCAGGAGUUACACAUCUGAAGAAGGAAGAGAAGAAGAACAAGAUCUCCGGUGUCUGGGGAGCUAUGCACGGGAAGACAGCAGCGGAACAAAUCGCCUCACCAUGGUUUAUCCUGAUUGCACUUUUCACCGUCAUCCAAAUGACACGAAUAAACUUCUUCGUUGCAACGAUUAGGAAACAGUACGAAUUCCUCCUUGGCUCCUACGGUGCAGCGGUCGAAAUCAACACAUUCUUCGAUAUCGCCCUUCCUCUCGGCGGGCUUCUCGCUAUCCCUUUUAUCGGCGUGGUGCUUGACCACACAAGUACCUUCUUCGUCCUCUCCGCUCUUGUGGCAAUAGCAACCACAAUCGGUGUUCUCGGCUGCCUCCCCUACACCUGGGCAGCCUACUCAAACAUCUGCCUCUUCGUUCUCUACAGACCAUUCUACUACACCACCGUCUCCGACUUCUCCGCCAAGGUCUUCGGCUUCCGAACUUUUGGCACGGUGUACGGCCUUAUCAUCUGCCUUGCUGGACUGUUCAACUUCACACAGAGUGGAUUAGAUGCUGUGACGCAUAUGGUGUUUAAUGGCGAUCCGGUGCCGGUUAAUAUUAUACUGCUUAGUGCAGCGUUUGUGGUGGGAACAGCGCUUUGUGGUUUUGUGGGGUAUAGGGCGUAUCAGAUGAGGAGGGAAAUUCUUGUUCAUGAGGCGGAGUGGACGAGGGAGACGAUUAUGCCAGGGGCACAGAGCCCGGACAGAUUGUAA